AUGGGCCUCAUCAGUCGCGUCCUCAAGGUGACCGCCGCCGGCACCGUCGCUUCGGUCGGUGUGUUCUUCGGAGCUACUCGCAAUGACGUCUUCGAGCCCAUGGACGCCAACGACCCAAUCUUCUCCUCGCCAUUCUUCCAAAAGUUCAACCCCGAGCGCAAUCCAACUCUGCACGAUCUUUGUGUUCGUCGCAUGCCGUUGGAUAAGAUCAACCCCUCAUUGCUGGAGAAGAAGGGCAAGCUGGUGGAGGCCUUCUGUGCGGGUGUCUGGGGUGGCAUGGGAUACAUCCCCCAGCGCGCGUACCUGGCCAACAAGUACCAAGGUCCCGAGACCGCCAGCCACCUUUGGGAACGCAAGGAUCUCCUCGCAAGCACCUACGAGGUCGGCACCGUAAUCACCGACCACUUCGAGGUCGUCGAGAAGACCGACGAGAAGAUUGUCGUCCGCUGUGGUGCCUCUCCCCGCGAACAAGGUAUUCGCCCCUCCGACGGUCUGUUUGAAAUUGGCGCUGUGGUGAACCAGGAGAAAGGAGAGGCCGAGUUUACCUUGAAGAGCUGCUUUUACCAGGGCCUGGGGAAGGCGGAGGGCGCGCCCAUGGGCCCGGUCAUGGUUUGGCUGCACCAACAAUAUGCCAAGCUCUGGAUGGAGACGGCUAUCCUGAAGAACUGCGUUCGGUAG